UCUGAGGAGCCUUUGGCAUAAAUUGCUGCUAUUGUAAUCCCUUUCCUGUUUUAACUUCCUGAAUCAAAACAGUUUCAGUUCAAAGUUUUGGUAAAGAUCUGUAGCACGGGUUGUGGGUUGAUUGAGACUCCACCGAUGAUGCCACCUAGUAUAGUGACAAAACAUCUGAACAAGAACAAGUCAACAACCUCACAUUUCAGUUUCAGUUUCAGCUCCAUUUGCUUCACACGGUGGUUCCAGUCUCUGUAUUCAACAAGUAAAAAGUAAGAACUGCAUUAAACUCUGAAGAAGGGUCUCGACCCGAAACGUCAAACUUUCCUGCUCCUCUGAUGCUGCUUGGCCUGCUGUGUUCACCCAGCUUCACGCCGUGUUAUCUUAAACUCUGUAGGUUCAGCUUUACUGUACAACAAUCACAAAGACAUCCAUUGAGAGGCAUUCAGUCCAAGUGACAUUAAUCCAGUUGGAAUUUACUGUACUCUCAGCUCUAUUUGAUGCAAGGUUAAAUCUGACGGAACGAAAAUUAUGGGCAAUAAAGUUUCAGUAAGUUCAAAAGAAGAUGCUGCAAGAAAGCUGUAUGUGAAGAUGAAGAAUCAAAGAGCAUAUGAACAAGACACCAAAAACAUGGAGCUCACAAAGAAAUGUUUACAAAAAGUGACACUGUCAGGUUUGCAAAAUAUUUUUUCCAUGUUACUAUCAAGCGUACAACCAGUCAAUGCAGCUUUUUGUAUGACUGGACUAGGAGUAGCACUUUUAAUUGUUUGUAUUAUUGCAGACAAAUUUAUAAACAGUUCCAAAAAUGCCACGGGUGGCAAUAUCACUGAGACAGCAAUCCGCAAAAUACUCCACGAGGAUCAGAUACAGGAAAUCUGUAACAUCGUUAUCGCUUAUCAGAAUCGCUGCAAAAUGUUUGCAAACAACAAAAAGAAACUUUGUGAAGAAGCUACAAUCUCUGAAAGGGAUCUGUUCAACCAGCUCACUCGAACCAGCCAAAAUAUGCUUAGGAAUCGCCAAAGUGCAACUGUGUCAAAUUUCCUAGCCUGGUUGAAAGGUGCCAGAAUUCACCUGGAAUUGCUUUCUGACAUGAUUACCUUGCAGGUUGUUGAACCAUAUGCUGUCGAACAGGCAGCGGAAAUCCACCAUGAUACCAUGAGUCAACUGGUGCAUGCAGUCAAGGAACAAAAGGCAUCAGUCAUUAACUUGUUUCAGAUUCCUCUAGGCAUCAUGCUCAGAGACAAAGAAGCAGGUCAAACAGUUUGUGUUUUUUACCCUCACAGCAGUGUCGGUGGUAUCAAGGAUUAUUACUUGAAGCUGCUUUUUGAUGAGCAACUUAGAGGUGUAGAGGAACAGUUUAAAUCUCUUAUCACUAAUUUUCAAGAGAAUUCCUGGGCAAGAAUUACCAGGUCUGAGCUGUGUGACAGUAUUGUACCUUUAGGAAAGACUUUUCCUGCAUCCUUUUCCUUUCAUCAGAAGGCACAGUGGCACAGGGGUUAGUACUGCUGACUCACAGCGCCAGGGACCCAGGUUCAAUUCCGGGUUGUAUUAUUGCAGACAAAUUUCUAAACAGUUCCAAAAAUGCCACGGGCGGCAAUACCACUGAGAUAGCAAUCUACAAAGUACUCCACAAGGAACAGAUACAGGAAAUCUGUAACAUCGUUAUCGCUUAUCAGAAUCGCUGCAAAAUGUUUGCAAACAACAAAAAGAAACUUUGUGAAGAAGCUACAAUCUGUCUGUGUGGAGUUUGCACAUUCUCCCCGUGUCUGCGUGGGUUUCCUCCGGGUGUUCCAGUUUCCUCCCACAGUGCAAAGAUGUGCAGGUUAGGUGCAUUGGCCAUGCUAAAUUGCCCGUAGUGUCUAUGGAUGUGCAGACCUUGUGGAUUAUCCAUUGGGACUGCAGAAUUACAGGGAUAGGGUAGUAGUGGUCAUCCAUCUCCGUGGGAUGCUUUUUGGGAGAUUGGUGUGGACUUGAUGGGCUGAAUGGCUUCCUUCCACACUGUAGGGUUUCAAUGAAGCAGUGGGGAAAACAUUGAAGACCCCUAAGCACUUUUCUAAAAUUAAAAAGGAGCAUGUGUUGGUGGAGUCAGGCACACACAGACCAGCGUUUUAGUUUUGCUUUCAUUUGGGAUUUGGGGCUGUUGAAGCCAAUGAAUACGGCCCUUUGAUGCAGCAGUGAAAAGCUUGAGUUCCCUCUCCUCUGUUAGAUUGUUUCUUUCAGCGUUCCUUUCUCCUAGACAGCAGAUAACGUGUGGGGAAAAUCUGCUUUGUUGAAUUUGCCUUUUUCCUGGAGUGCAUUUCGGGAUACUGCUAUCUUGGAGUAGUUGAUGAUUAUUAGUUAAAAAAUAUAAUAUUAUCUUAACUAUUCAAUAGUACUAAAACUAUGACAAAUCUUUUUUUGUUGUUUGCUUCUUUACUGGGACAAGAAUAGUGUUUUUGCUUAUAGCCUAGUAAUGGACCAAUUGAACCACAAGUGGAAUGCAGUGUCCUACACUUGUCGAUAAAUAAAAUGAAAAGUUACGGUCUAGGAUAUCACCUUGAUAUAUUUUGAGGGUGUUUGUUCUGGCCCAUAAGUUUGAAAACAGCAGUCCAGCUCAUUAUCUCAAUCUUCCAAAUUUUAAGAUUGUCUACAAUUUCCAUAGGGCCACUGAGGGGAAAGGAAACUUGUUUGUCACCAACUAAAUUUCCCAGAAGGAGAUUACUAGGGAUUCAGACAGCACAUUUGAGAGAAAGUGUUCACAUUUUGAGUCCAGUGUAAUUCAGUAGAUAGUAGGUGCAGGUGUGUUAGGCUGAAUUCCUUCCUUUUGCAUCAUAAUAAUUCUAUGAUUCUUCUUCAGAAUUCUGAAUUAAUUUCACAGCAGUUUGCUUCUUUUUAAUUUACUCACGGGAUGUGAGUAUUGGGUUUAUUGCCCAUUUAUUGCCCAUCCCUGGAUGCCCUUGAGGAGGGGGCCAAUCUGGUUCACAAUUAAAUUUUGAAACUUUAACUAUUUUACAGGGCAAGUCAAGCUGGAUUGUCAUUCACCUUUCCCUCCAACAACUGUGCAUUGAUGUAACGGUGGGAUGUGGGCCCCACAGGUUUUCAUUGCUGCCCAUUCAUGAUGCGCUGUUUUAUAACACUCCAAAUUCAUUAACAUACAGCUGAGUAUCUAUCCAUAGCCACGACUAACAUUGGGCUGCCCAUGACUGAGCAGCAUAAAAUGGCCGACAGCCACCCUUGGCAAAAGCAGCAAAAACAUGGCUGACUGUAGUCUUAGGAAGUCUGAGAAAAUAUUUGCCUAAUGUAGCCUGUAUGAGCUAGAACUAUAGUAGCUCUGUAGACUCAAGGUAACAGACUGAGAUAGAAUAUGCAGCUUCACUUGUUAACACAUAAGAAAUAGAUAAGAAUUUUUCACACUACACUUAAUUAACAAAUUUCUCUUUAAUUAUUUACUUCAAUCUGUUACAAUACUGAUGGUAGUGUUUAGUUAAGAUCCUUCAAAUAAUCAUAGGUAUAGACUCUGAUGACAUUGUAGAUUCACACAUGUACAAAAAAAAAUCACUAAAAGCAUUAAUGAAAAAGAUUCAAAUAAAAUUGAGAGCAAGCCAGUCUCAGACGGUAAAAGCAACCCACAUAUCAUUACAGGGGGAAUUGGAUUAGAGGCCAGGCAUUGGAAUGUGGAUUGAAUAAACACAUUGUGAGACACUUGAGGAUAAAGAUCAGGGUGUCUAGUCAAAAUAAUGAGAGAGAAACUGCUCAUAACUUGGUAGUUCUAAACAAAGACAGAAAAAUUGCUGGAAAAGCUCAGCAAGUGUGGCCGCAUCUCUGGAGAGAAAAGGUUGGCAUUUCAGGUCAGUUCUGAGAAAGGGGCGCUGGACUUGAAACGUAAAAUCUGAUUUCUCUCCACAGAUGCUGCCAGACCUGCUGAGCUUUUCCAGGAAUGUCUGUUGUUUCUGAUUUACAGCAUCAGCAGUUCUUUCUGUUUUUUUUCAAAGUAUUCUUACAUUAGAUGUAACUAAAAAUUUCAACUGAUAUUACAAAUUUUAUAACAAUUCGAAAAAUUGAAUGUCUUUUCUCAGUACUGUAAGAGGUUAGUAAACUGUGUAACAGAACUUUAAAAAGUGUUAAGCAAGUAUCUAAUUUAUUGACAGUUAACAUGGUGCAGCUAGCCUGGGAAGGAAUGUACUUGAAUACAGUGUCCACUGGGGAAAGCCCCAAGAAGGGAAAUAAAAGAGUCUGGGAAACAUCAGGAGAACAUGGAGGCCCAGAGGGCCACAAACUAAUCCAUCUGUAGUCAUGCAGUCAUAUGAUUAGCUUAAUUGGAAAUGUAAGCAAUUAAUUAAAAGUAUGAUAAGUGUGUAAUUGCGAAAGGUGGAGUGAAUCAAAUGUAUAAAAAUUGUUGUCUUUCCUUUGUUCAGGAGGAGCUCUCUGGAUUUUCAGGGGAUUUCUUCCUACUGGUGUAAUUUCAAUAAAGUCUU